AUGCAACCCACCAAUAAAACUCCAGAAGAUAAGACGACGAUAAAAACUAAGAACGAAGACAGGAUAAAAACAGAACAAAUUCCACAGUCACCCACUCAAACAUUGCACACCAUCAGUAUGCGUUGCAAGCUCGUUGCUCUUAUCACUGUUGUGUUGUCCACAACGUUGACGGCAAAUGGAAGCGGCAUCUCCUGUUACCAGUCAAUUGGCUGUGCAGUUGAGGGUUUUGACCUCAAUAUUUUUAAACGGGAAGGCUGUGGAGCAUGCUCGAAGAAAUUGACGCACAUAAAUGGCGGAACGUGUAAAAUGCUUCAAUGUGAGGAAACGUGCGGGGAAAGUUCGACAGGUAGUGAUCUGGCCAACGCUGCCGACACGGUGUCCAAGAUAUUGGGAGAGAAACUGACGGUUAAAGACGAAAAGACCUGCUGCUAUGAAGAUUUCUGCAACUCAGCAAUUCGUGGCUCACAAGGAGCCCUGAGCUCAUCAGCAGUGCAUAUCCAAUGGCCGUGCCGGGAUUUGAACCCCGGACAUCUGACAUGCGAGGCGAGCGUAUACCCACUACUCCACCAACGCACCCUGGAUGUAUCUGAAUUUUCACAUCUGAACAGCCAGCACUUCGGCCAACAUUCGGCAAGCCUGACUCGUAUGAAAUCAGUGGUUAACCGAGUGAGCGCAUACGUAGACUAA